GCGCAGCGGGCGCGUGCCCCUCCGCAUGCGAGCAGUGGGUGCCGGCGUAGGCAGGUCUUGAUCUCUCAGAUGAUCACGAUGUACAGGUUCCGUUCCAUAGUUCUGUAUGGCCUACCAGGGGUUCUGGCUCUGAUAGGCUACUGGUCAUACAUCUCAAAAAGGAGACGGUGGCUCAACCAGCAGGCUGAGGAGGUAAUCAGAGUAGGUGUGGCCACAGAUGUCCAAAAGUGCUCUUUCCAGAAGGCAGAGGGAUUGGACAUACAGGAGGUCUUCCUUCAAAGCUAUGGAACGAAUUAUGCAACGCCAGUUCCCGGUGGAUCGCUGUACAGGGAAGAACUUGAAAGAGGGGAUAUGAAUCCAGAUUACCAAGAUUCCAAGGUGGUCCUUGAUGCUGAAGUUGCUGCAGCUGAGCUUGAUCUCCUAGGGACCAGCGAUUUGUCCACCCAGAGGCCUGAUCCAGAAGGAAAGGUGGCGGAGGGGCCGUGGCCUGAAACGAAUGGAAGCGCCUCCCAGCAGGGUACUGAGUUUAAGCCAUGCAGCCCUGAGGAGCUGGGAGAAGGACCCUCAUGUAGCCCUGCCAACGUGGACCUCUGUGCUACAGAGAAAUCGGACAGCUUGGCGAGGUCCCCCAGCAAGCUGGAGAGGAACAAGUCCCUGACACCAUGCACAGCGGACACAGAAGAGACCCUCCCCUGCAGCCCAAUUUGCCUCUUAGCAGACGAGCAGGGCCUGACCGAGGAGAUAAGGGGGGCUGUUGGUGACGCAAACAGCAGGUGGUGUGAGGGACUGGAUCCCAGUGGUGGGCUGGUAGAGGAAAAUGACUCUGCAGGCUCUGAGGACAGGACUGACUGGGAAGGCAGUUUCAACAGUAGCACCCUGUCUGCGUACCCCCCGAACCAUCCACUUGCAAACCUGGUGGAGUGGGAGAUUGAGGUGCCAAAUCACCUUGUUGGACGUCUGAUUGGCAAGAAAGGUCGUUCAGUGAACUUCCUGAAGCGGAGCUCUGGUGCAAAGAUCUAUGUGUUCAAUGCAACACGGGAGCUGCAGAUGUGCCACAUUGAAGGUUCCAAGGCACAGGUGGACAAAGCACUGUCCCUUAUUGGGGGGAGAUUUGGUGACCUGGACCUGACUGAUCGGCGAUUGAUCCUUGGUCACCAGCUGCCCCCUGAGGCCUGGAUGAAACUUCCUGAAGGAGAGAUGAUUGGGGUAAUUGUGGCAAAAGCGGUGUCACUGACCCAUGUGUUUGUCCAGUGGAAUGAGAGCACCUCCCAGUAUGCAUUGCAUUCUCUUGAGGAGCAAAUGAUGUGGUGCUAUUCGCAGCAUGAGGCCUCCCCUCUACCCACCUGUGUCAGGCUUGGAGAGCUCUGUGCUGCUCCAGGGCCAACAGGUGGUUGGAGAAGAGCACAACUCAGGAGCUUCUGUGGACCCAACACUGUGGAGAUCCUCUACUUGGACCACGGCGGCUAUGAGAAGGUUGGCAUCAGCACACUACGGAUUUUAAGGCCAGACUUCCUGUCUCUGCCUUUUCAAGGCAUUGAGGUCAUGCUGGACAGCCUUGGGCUCCCACUAGGGGAGAGUCAGUUUUCAGCAGAGGCAGCCUUAGAGCUGGAAGAGAUGACAAAAGGAGUGGCUCUGCUUGCUAAGUGUGUGAGGUAUCACAAAAGUGGCAUGCCCAUGGUCCACAUAUGGAAGAUGGUGGGAGAUGAGCUGGUGUCCUUGAACCAUCUGCUGGUGCAGCGGGGCUUUGCCAUUUGGGUGGAGACAUGCUGAUGAUGCUCAGGGUGCCCUGGAAAGAGUACAGACCCCAUGGUGACCUGUAGCCUCUGGCUCCCAAGAGCUUUCUCUGAAUGCCAGGCUGGCUACAAAUGAGCAGUCUUGGUGAACUCUGCUGCCCCCUGCUGGAGCUCCUUCAGGGUGCAAACUGUUCUGCCAGCUUCAGCACCGAUUGUCCAAGUUCUGUUGUACCUCCUUGUCCUCUUCAUUGUCACUUCAAAGGUAUAUGGUGUGUUUUGGGGUUUUACUUGUGUGAUUCACCAUGCAGGGACAAGUUCAGGGUUCAACUGGGGGUGCUGACCCUUGCAGGCAGUCCCAGUUAUAGCGUCAAGGUCACACCAGACUACUCAGUCCAGUGGCACUAAUGCAUUAAACAUACUUUCUAUGUCAUUAAUGAUCAUGUGUAUUUAUCCUCUUUCCGGCCCCAAUGUGGCUGUUUCCUUGUUCUUAUUGACAUCUUCAGGGAGGGGGGUUCCUCUUUGUGUUUGUGCAGUAUGCCACCCUCUGUCAAAGAGCUGUUUUAUCCUGUCUACCAGGCAGAUCGAAAUGUCGUCUUUUUAAUGCACAUCUAUGUUGUGUGCUCAUGCGUCUCUUGCAAAUAAAGGAA